AUGGACCACGAUCACGCGACCAUGACGGGCACCAUGGCCAUGGGCUCCAUGUCCCACACCAUGUCCAUGGCCAUGCCCACCACCACCUCGGGCGCCGCCCACAACCACGCCGGCCACGACAUGGGCGGCAUGGACAUGGGCGGCGGCGGCAACAGCUGCAAGAUCUCCAUGCUCUUCAACUUCUACACCGUCGACGCGUGCUUCCUCUCGAACCAGUGGCACGUCACCUCGAGCGGCAUGUUCGCCGGCUCCUGCAUCGGCGUCUUCCUCCUCGCCAUGUCGCUCGAAUUCCUCCGCCGAUCCGUCAAGGAGUUUGACCGGUUCCUCGUCCGCCAGCACAUCGCCAAGCACCAGCCCGGCGCCGCCGCCGACCACGGCUCCGUCAGUAGCAAGGACGCCGCCGUCCGGAACGCCGCCGCUGGUGCUUGCCCUGCCGUCGUCCCGCCCUUCCGCCCCAACGUCUUCCAGCAGGCGAUCCGAGCCUUUCUGCAUUUCCUGCAGUUCACCGUCGCCUAUUUCCUCAUGCUGCUGGCCAUGUACUUCAACAUUUACAUCAUCGUGAGCAUCAUCCUCGGUGCCUUCUUCGGGGCCUUCAUCUUCCAGUGGGAGACGCUGCCCCUGAUUGGACAACAGACGAGCGCCGCGCAGGAGGCCACCGUCUGCUGUGGCUAA